AUGACGGCCCCUCUGCCCAACACCCACCACGCCUCCGCCGUUGCUGCCAUCCACGCCUCCCAGAGCACCGCGCCCGUCGCCGAGUUCCGCUGUCUCUUCACCCACGACGUCCGCCGCAAGCAGAAGCGCUGGCACGAUGGCUUCCUCAAGUUCCACACCUUCAACAACCGCGUCAUGGUCUACGACCAGGCCCGCAACUUCCUCGGCGACACCUACUACAAGGACAGCGACGAGCUGCACGAGGGCGACGAGCUGAACCUGAACAACGGCGCUCUUGUCGAGGUCUCGGAGCCCGUGGCCAUCACCCACACGGAUCUGGCCUCUGUGCUGGGCAGGAAGGCCAGGGACCUGCCCCCCGUUGCAAACCCGCCUUCCCAGACAAGGCCCUACCAACGCCCAUCGUCAGCCGCCCCACCAAACGCGCACAAGGCUGCCUCGCAGCUGCGCCACAAAUCCCUCAAUACCCUGCUCGGGACGCCAAAGGGGCCCAUUGGCAAGGCACAGCCCAUAAAGUCACCAUACGAGGCUCGCAAGGAAAAGGAAAACGAAAACGAGUUGGCUGGGGAGAGGGCUGCAAAGAGGCAGAAGACAAGCAAGGUGCUUGCAAGCUGGAAAGCAUCUAGUCCAGCACAGCAAGAGAGUGUUGAGCCGAGAGAAACAUCGCCGGUACCGACAAAGGCUGUAGCCGCACGCAAAACCCGACAGCCAGCCAAAUUCAUUCCCCCUACGGCUACCGUCAUCACAAUAGAGGACGAGCCCGAGCCCGAGCCUCACCCGGCCAUCUUCUCUGACAUCACACUUCCCGGUACACCACCUCGAGUCACCGACAAGAGGGAAGAGUCUCGCGUUGCCAAGACAGCUGUGCCUCGUCAGCCCCAUGCACAAACCCCAAAGAUCCCAAAAGGCAAAGUGCCGGUGCCUGGUGUGCGGGCUCUGGAGACUCCUAGGCAGCCAGCUCCACCUUCCUCGCCUCCCGUGAGCGCCUCAAAUCGCUUGUCCAACAUCGAGUUUGCAUUGCAACCAGCUCAAGUACCGCGUAAAGAACCGUCCCCACCGCCAGCACCCUCCUCGCCUCCGGCUCGCAAGGCCCGAUGCCUUCGACUGUCCACUGGAGUAAAGCGUGGGAAGUUGUUGUGCCAAGCUCUACCACCAGAAAGUGCAAAGGCCGAUAGGGGAUCUAGAGUAGCUGCCACUAAAGCCAGGCGGACAGCCUCUCGUCCAGUAGAUGAGCAGCCAUUACCUGUCACCGCACAGGGAGACGAGGAUUCCGUCUCCGCCAAGAGACCGCCAAAGAGCAAGCGAAGUCUGGCAAAUGCGGAUCACGGCGCAGCAAAGAGAGCAAGAGUCUCCAAGUCUCCAUCCCUUCCGUCGCCCAGUCUCCAGGAAGAUCCAGAAGUUAUCCACGGCCUUAUGGAUCAGCAGUUGUUAGUCACUUCAUCGCCCAUACACCCUGAUUCAGCAUCUUCAUAUGCCGUCGAUAGUGUCUCGAAAUCCAAACAUGCUGCUGAGGAACCAGUCAGCAAGAUGACCAUUCAGACAAACAUAACUGAGCCCAUAGCUAAUAUAUCAAAAACAUCAUCCAUUAAUGAGACUGAAAAAAGACCUACGAAAAAAGCAGAAAAACCCAAGGCGGCACCAAAGGCCCCGUCUCCUGUAACGCUGGAACCAGCGACACUGGCAUCGAGAGAUGUGCCUCCAGCACAUGCCGAAGUUUCCGACGCACAAUCACGGGCCCCAGCAACAUCUUCUCGCAAAGCACCGCUCUCCACAGGCGGCAUACUUAAGAAGACCGUCACUCGUACCAAAAAGCAACCGGCCUUGAUAGAUCCCCAGCAAAAUGCCCCACCACCUCCACCUCAUAGUGAACUCGUGUCGCUCUCACCGCGCCCCUCAAGAACCAACAAAAAAGGGCCCUUGAUGAGUACCACUGAACUCGCCGGGCUCCUCCAAAAGCCCAAGAACCUUGCCAAAGCCCUUGCGGAUCCUAUUGAGGACGAAGAGGAAACCAAACAGGUAGGCGGAUCGCCGAACCGUGCCUUCCGACGCGUUCAAAGUGAGAAUGAUGUACCAAUUCCCAGUAUCUCGGAAGAAUGGGAAAGGCUCAAUUUGCCCAAGCCUGGUACCUCCACUACAGAAACUGCCAACAAGCCAACAAUGGCGAUUACAGUUGACGUGGAGAAGAAAAAGAAAAAAGAUAGCGCGCUAGGCGCGCUUAUCAAGAAAACGGAUCCCCGGCGCAAGUUCAAAAGAACGCAGAGUUUGCAAGUGGAUACAAAUGUGCCGUCGCCAGCUGCUGAGGAAGAAGUCGAGUUACCGAGCCCUGUUGUGGAUUUGGACGUUGGACCCUGGAGCACAGAAGCGGGCGAUCUUUUUGACUGGAGGCCGCCGGGGAGGCACUGA